AUGUCCGACUACUACAGUUCCAUGCUAAGCACCGCAUCAUCCACAUCCACAUCCACAUCCUCAACCCCAACCUGGAUCGGCGAACCCAUCAUCUGCCUCAACACCAACUGCAACUAUCCCUUUGGAACCGUAUGUCAAACAUGCACUUACGAAUUUGAGACGCGUGCCAUUGCGCGUGCCGCUGCCAAGGAAAAAAAAUCUGCUGCUAGUGCUAGAGAGAAGAGAGACACCCAAGUAUCCCAAUCCAUCGACGUUCCCUCUCAAAAAGGUUGUGAUAAAAAAGGUUGUGAUAGUAAGGGUAAGAAGAGUAUUAACCACGAUCAAGCUCACGAACAAGAUCAAGAUAACAAACAAGAUCACGAACAAGAAAACAAACAAGAAGACAAACAAGAAGAAAUAAGCGAAAGAAUCAGCGAACUAGUCCACGAAAUCCAAGCCAUCUUUGCAUUUUGUCCCGCGCAAUACCAAUCCAAAUCCCACUCCCACUCCAAACCCAGCCCUCUUACCCCAACCAACCUACAAAUCCACUCAUAUACAAGCGAUGCUUACAAUCCCAAUCCCAAUCCCAAACCCACCGACGACCAACCGAUUCUCGAAGCAUGGCUCGAUGAUAUCGUCAAAUAUACACGUGAUGGAUUUGAAUCCCAAGUCUCUUCCUCUUCCUCUUUUGGAGAUCAUGAGGAUGCAAAGGAGAAUGAGAAUGAGAAUGAGAAUGAGAAUGAGAAUGAGAAUGAGAAUGAGAAUGAGAAUGAGAAUGAGGAUGAGGAUGAGUGUCCAUACUGUGCUCGAUCAAUGGGUGAGGGGGCUUGGAAGGAAUUACAUUUAUUGCAAUGUAAGUAUGCCCAUGCUGAAGCUGAGAAAUUGGUGAUUGCGAGAGGGAUGUGGUUGAAGAGGAGUGAGUGA